AUCUAUUACUUUUGACUGCUCGAUAUUGUCAGGAUCAACUAGUAUGGUAUGUCCCCAUAAUCCUUUGCGCGUCACAAUAGUUGCCAGUCAUUCUGCCGACGAGACGAAUACAGUAUGAAAGAGACAACAGCCAAGAGACGCGAGAAAUCCAAGGACUCCAAAGCUGAUAAACAGAAGGAUGCGGGCCCCGAGCCGCAGGAUGUGGAGAUGCCGGAGGAAGACUCUGCUACUGCAGAGAAGAAACCCAAGGAACUUGAUACCCUCACACUUGAAGACAUCAAGGAGCAUGUAAAGCAGAUAGAGAAGGCCGUGUCGGGCAAGGAGCCUCGCUUUGUGCUGAGGGCCUUGCGUGCCCUGCCCUCCACCAGCCGCCGCCUCAACCCCAAUGUGCUGCACAAGGCUGUGUCUGGCUUCUACACCUCCAAUGCCGCCGGCAAGGAGUUCCUACUCAGCUUCCUGGAGGAGCCCAUGGACACCGAGGGAGAUGUCCAGUUCAGGCCUCGUACAGGAAAGGCAGCUGCCACCCCCCUGAUCCCUGAGGCGGAGGCCUACCUGCAGCUGCUCCUGGUGGUUUACCUCACCAACAACAAACGCUACACAGAGGCCCAGAAGGUGUCAGACGAGCUCUUGCAGAAGAUCGGCCCUCAGAAUCGGCGGGCUCUGGACCUGGUGGCUGCUAAGUGUUACUACUACCACUCCCGCGUCUACGAGUUCCUCAACCAACUGGACACCGUGCGUAGUUUCCUGCACACGCGCCUGAGGACAGCCACCUUGCGGCACGACGCCGACGGCCAGGCCACGCUGCUCAACCUGCUGCUGAGGAACUACCUGCAGUACAACCUGUACGACCAGGCUGAGAAGCUGGUGUCCAAGUCAGUCUUCCCCGAGCUGGCCAACAACAACGAGUGGGCCCGCUACCUCUACUAUACAGGUCGUAUCAAGGCUAUCCAGCUGGAAUACACAGAGGCCAGGAGGACCCUGACCAACGCCUUGAGGAAGGCCCCCCAACACACAGCUGUGGGCUUCAAACAGACAGUCCACAAGUUGCUGAUUGUGGUGGAGCUGUUGCUUGGGGAGAUCCCAGACAGGCUGCAGUUCCGCCAGGCUCCACUGAAGAGAUCCCUAGCGCCCUAUUUCCUGCUCACCCAGGCUGUCAGGACGGGUAACCUUGCCAAGUUCAACCAGGCCCUGGAUCAGUUUGGAGAGAAGUUCCAGGCAGACGGCACCUACACCUUGAUCAUCCGCCUGCGACACAAUGUCAUCAAGACAGGUGUGCGUAUGAUCAGCCUGUCAUACUCUCGUAUAUCCCUGGCAGACAUCGCUCAGAAGCUGCAGCUGGACAGUCCAGAGGAUGCUGAGUUCAUAGUGGCCAAGGCUAUCCGUGAUGGGGUGAUCGAAGCCAGCAUCAACCAUGAGAAAGGCUAUGUUCAGUCUAAAGAGACCAUGGAUAUCUACGGUACCAGGGAGCCCCAGCUGGCCUUCCACCAGAGGAUCUCCUUCUGCCUGGACAUACACAAUAUGUCUGUCAAGGCCAUGAGGUUUCCACCCAAGGCUUACAACAAGGACCUAGAAUCAGCAGAGGAGCGCAGAGAGCGGGAGCAGCAGGACCUGGAGUUCGCCAAGGAGAUGGCCGAAGAUGACGACGACAGUUUCCCAUGAUCCUCUCAGGGGAGCAAGUGCAAGGAUGCCUUGAUGUUUUUUCCCUUUCUCUCCCCCUCCAUCCUCCCUCUUGUAAUAGUUGUUUUUGUUUAUUUCUCUGCAGGCAAAAGGCCAUUAUAAAGUUAUAUAUCUAUGUUAGCAUUCUAACAUAUAAUAAGAACACUUCUAUUCAACCCUACCACUGGUCCUCGUUGUCCCUGCUUUUAGACUUUGCGUUUCACUGUUAACUUGCUGGUGGAAGCAUUUGGUGUAUCUGUACUGAGUUUGAGGCCAGCACACAAAUAAACAGUCUUUGUCAAUUUAA